GCAUGCUGCCACAAACCCUGUGUUUGCAUUCUAACAUUGAUGAUAUUGUUAUAUUUGGAGAAGAAGGAUUUAAGGAUAAAUUUGAGCGAUCGGAUAAAAAUUCAUACGACAGAUCGGAUGACGGUCUUCAACUUUUCCUUUCCUCCUUGGAGGUUA